CAUGGAGGAGUAUGCUCGGGAACCUUGCCCAUGGCGAAUUGUGGAUGAUUGCGGUGGAGCCUUCACUAUGGGUGUUAUUGGCGGUGGAGUCUUCCAGGCCAUUAAGGGCUUCCGCAAUGCCCCUGUCGGAAUUCGGCACCGAUUGAGAGGCAGUGUCAAUGCUGUAAGGAUCAGAGCCCCCCAGAUUGGAGGUAGCUUCGCUGUGUGGGGGGGCCUGUUUUCCACCAUCGACUGUGGUCUGGUGCGGCUUCGGGGCAAGGAAGAUCCCUGGAACUCCAUCACCAGUGGUGCACUGACUGGGGCUGUGCUGGCUGCCCGCAGUGGCCCAUUGGCCAUGGCGGGCUCGGCAAUGAUGGGGGGCAUCCUGUUGGCCCUCAUCGAGGGUGUUGGCAUCCUUCUCACUCGCUAUACUGCCCAGCAGUUCCGCAAUGCACCCCCGUUCCUGGAGGACCCUGGCCAGCUGCCCCCUAAGGAGGGUACCCCGGGCCCAGGCUACCCCAGCUAUCAGCAGUACCACUGAGGAAGUGACCGCCUAUCACCGCCACUGUGGGAGCUCCUCCUCGGUCCCCUCCCCGAUGAUCUACCUCGAAGGGAGGGCUGGCUCCCAGUUGGCCUAUGGGACCCUUGAGAGGGCCUCUAUCUGUUCUCUUAUCCCAGGUUGGGGGUGGGGCACCCCAGCUGCCCUGAUGGAUGGGUCCCUUUUCUCUCAGGGCACCCCAACCCCCACUCACAUAUGUAACACACUGUCACCCCAAUCCCUUUGCAUGGCGCUCUGAUGAGUAUUUAAAGCCAGUUUUGAAAA